CUCCCCACGCGCACUUCUUCUUCUUCUCCUUUUUGCCCCCCUAGUCGAGUCGUCGGCGGGUAGAGCGAGAGCGAUCCGGGGCGCCGGAUCUCCCCUUCUCUCCAGACUCGGCCGGCCGAGCAUGGGGGACGCCGCCACAGCCGCGGGGCAGCCGCCGCCGCCCUCCGCCGCGGCCGCGGCGUCGGGCCCCGCAUCCUUCUCCUACCUGGCCGUGUUCGCCAACUGCCCGCUCAUCGCCGCCGUCCUCGCCUUCGCCAUCGCCCAGUCCAUCAAGGUCCUCACCACAUGGUACAAGGAGAACCGGUGGGACGCGAAGCAGCUGGUGGGGUCCGGGGGCAUGCCGUCGUCGCACUCGGCCACCGUCACCGCGCUCGCCGUCGCCGUCGGCCUGCAGGAGGGCUUCAGCAGCUCCCUCUUCGCCACGUCCGCCAUCUUCGCCUCCGUGGUGAUGUAUGAUGCUUUUGGUGUUAGACUACAUGCAGGGAGGCAAGCAGAGGUCUUGAAUCAAAUUGUGUACGAGCUUCCAUCGGAGCAUCCACUUGCUGAAACAAGACCACUGCGAGAGCUCAUAGGGCAUACACCUCCUCAGGUUUUUGCUGGUGCGGUGCUUGGAUUUGCAGUAGCCACGUUUACGGGGAUGAUAGCCGGGCUUGGUAGCAAUGGCUGACUUCACAGGUGGAUCCAAGGUCUUGAUAGCUUCAUCAUUUGUUGCGUGGAAGUAUUAGAAUCCAAGUUGGAUUUAUGGUUUCAGGAAGCCAGCUUGUGCUACAUAAUGAUUCUUGUAUAGGCCUAUUUACUUUGCUGCAAACAACGUCAGUUUCUUGGGGAAGAGAAAUUGUCCCAUUCUUUUGUACCUAACUGGUAAAUAACAAUCGUGUUAUAUUCUGCAGUUGCUGACGUGAAAUUUGGCAGUAAUUGAGCAUGUUAGCUAAAUC